CCACCCGAAGCACCCACCCAACGGGCAAGACGGUGGCCGGCAUUGACCUGAAAGGCGUGAAAAGCGCGCUUCGCGCCGGACGGUAGCCCGGUUGGGUCAGGCCGCGCAUGCGCUUUGCGCUGUUUGUGCAUUCUGGCUGCGCGGCGGCGGCGGCGGGGCUGGCUGAGGGGGAAGAUGGCGGCGUCCUCGCUGGAGCAGAAGCUCUCCCGGUUGGAGGCGAAGCUCAAGCAGGAGAACCGCGAAGCCCGCCGCCGGAUCGACCUCAAUCUCGACAUCAGUCCUGCCCGGGCCCGGCCUAUUAUCGUGAUCACCCUAAGCCCCGCUCCCGCUCCGUCCCAGCGAGCAGCUCUGCAGCUGCCGCUGGUGAGCGACGGCGGGGGCCGGGCCGUGCUCCCCGAGGGCACCCAGCACCCGCCGCCCCCCUCCCGCCCCCGCAACAUGCUGGGGCUGCCCCAGCCGCCCUUCCUGGUGCCCCGCAGCAUGGAGAGCAUUGAGAUCGACCAGAAGCUGCAGGAGAUCAUGAAGCAGACGGGCUACCUCACCGUGGGGGGGCAGCGCUACCAGGCGGAGAUCAACGACCUGGAGAACCUGGGGGAGAUCGGCAGCGGCACCUGCGGGCAGGUCUGGAAGAUGCGCUUCCGCAAGACGGGCCACGUCAUCGCCGUCAAGCAAAUGCGGCGCUCGGGGAACCGGGAGGAGAACAAACGGAUCCUGAUGGACCUGGACGUGGUGCUCAAGAGCCACGACUGCCCCUACAUCGUCCAGUGCUUCGGCACCUUCAUCACCAACACCGACGUCUUCAUCGCCAUGGAGCUGAUGGGCACCUGCGCCGAGAAGCUCAAGAAACGCAUCCAAGGUCCCAUCCCCGAGCGCAUCCUGGGCAAGAUGACGGUGGCGAUCGUGAAGGCCCUUUUCUACCUGAAAGAGAAGCACGGGGUGAUCCACCGUGACGUCAAACCCUCCAACAUCUUGUUGGACGAGCGGGGUCAGGUCAAACUCUGCGACUUCGGCAUCAGCGGCCGCCUCGUCGACUCCAAGGCCAAGACCCGCAGCGCCGGCUGCGCCGCCUACAUGGCCCCCGAGCGCAUCGACCCCCCCGACCCCACCAAGCCCGACUACGACAUCCGCGCCGACGUCUGGAGCCUCGGCAUCUCCCUGGUGGAGCUGGCCACGGGGCAGUUCCCCUACCAGAACUGCAAGACGGAUUUCGAGGUGCUGACGAAGGUGCUGCAGGAGGACCCCCCGCUGCUGCCCCCCGCCAUGGGCUUCUCCGGGGACUUCCAGGCCUUCGUCAGGGACUGCCUCACCAAGGACCACAGGAAGAGACCAAAGUACAACAAGUUACUGGAACACAACUUCAUCAAGCGCUACGAGACGCUGGAGGUGGACGUGGCCUCCUGGUUCAAGGACGUCAUGGCCAAGACAGAGUCCCCUCGCACCGGCGGUGGCCUCAGCCAGCACCACCUGCCCUUCUUCACCAGGUAGCACCCGCCGCCCGCCCCCGCCCGCGCCGGCCGUGACGCCCGCCGUGGCCGUGACGCCCUCCCGUGACGCCCGCGGUGGCCGUGACGCCCGCGACGGCCACCGCGUGCCCCGGCAGCCACCCGGACACCCGCGGCACGACGCGUCCUGCCGCGUCCCGACGCGUCCUGGUGCGCCCUGGCGUGUCACGGCGUGUCCAAGCCUGUCACGGUGUGUCCCAGGACAUCCCGGUGUGUCCCAGUGUGUCCCCCACGUGUCCCGGCACAUCCCAGUGUGUCCUGGUGUGUCCCCGGUGUGUCCUGACGUGUGACGGCACGUCCUGGCCUGUCCCAGCACAUCCCAGUGUGUCCAGUACGUCCUGGCACGUCUCCAGUGUGUCCCAGUAUGUCCCGGUGCGUCCUGGCGGAACCUGGCACGUGUCCUCAUGGAUCCCAGUGUGUCCCAACACGUCCCAGUCUGUCCCAGUGUCUCCUGGAGCAUCUCGGCGCAUCCGGGUGUGUCCCCGCGUGUCCCCCCCCAACUUCCCCAUCCCCCUUACAAUGCUGGGGCAGGGUGACGCCCGUGUCCCUUCCAUGUCCCCCCUCUGCGUGGCCUGUGCCUCAGUUUCCCCCGGGGCCAGCAGCUCCUCGGCUUCCGAGCUCGGCUGCCGCUGUCCCCCGUCCCCAACCCCGGUGCGGGGUCCCCGAGUAGGGACAGGGAUGGGGACAGGACCUGGCGGUGGGGCACUGGCAAGGGACGUCACCGGGACGUGACACGAGGACGUGACACGCUGGGACGUGAGCCGGGGACACAGUGCGGGGAUGUGGCACGCUGGGAUGCGACACGGGACGCGGCACAGCGGGAUGUGGCGUGCAGAUGUGGCACGGGGACACGGCAUGCGGCACGGGGACGUGGCACACGGAUGCGGCGCAGGGAUUUGACACGGGGGCACGGCUUGGGGACGUGACAGGGAUGUGACAUGGGGAUGGGGGCACGGAGAUGGCACGGGGAUGUGGCACACGGAUGUGACGGGACGGAGGACGAUAACGUGGGGACGCUGCGGGGACGUGGCACGGAGAGACGGCACAGAGGGACGACGAGAUGGCACAGGGACGUGGCACGGAGGUGUGACGUUGGCACGUGGCAUGGAGGUGGCACGGUGACACGGCGCAGAGAUGUGACAUGGGCAUGUGGCACGGGAGAUGGCACGGGGACGUGGCACGGGAAUGUGGCGCAAGGACACGGCGCAGAGACGUGGGACAGGGGACAAACGUGGAGAUCCAGCGUGGGGACGUGACACGGAGGGACAACGUGGGGACACGGCAGAGAGGUGACAUGGAGGGAUGGCACGGAGAUGGCACCGGGAUGUGACACGGGGACGCGGCACAGAGAUGGCACCGGGAUGUGACACGGGGACACGGCGCUGAAGGAUGACAUGGAGAGGUGGCCUGGGGACACGGCGUGGGGACGUGGCACGAGGGAUGACACGGAGCGGUGGCACAGAUGGCUCGGGGACGUGGCGCAGGGGGACGCCGUGGGGACAUGCCGUGGGGACACGGCCCGGGGACACGGCACGGAUGUGGCACGGCGGGACGCCACGGGGCCGCGGCCCAGGGACACGGCACGGGGACGUGACACAGAGGGACGACCUGGGGACGCGGCACGGGGACGCCAUCCACAGAAGCCACCGGGUUGAUGGUGGCCCUUGCGUGACGGUGACACGGGGCCGGCACGAGGCCACGCAGCGACAAUCAGGGCUGGGGAUGGGGCGCGGGGGCCACCGCGGGGACACGGGGACACCUCGUGCGUGGUCCCUGCCUGUGUCCCCCCGUGUCCCCCAGGGUGGCAGCAGGUGCAGUUUUAGUGCAUUGUGGGCGCGGGCGGCGGCUCCCCCUCGUUAUCGUCAUUAUUAUUAUUAUUAUUAUUAUUAUAUUAUUAUUA